AUGUGCUUCCCUUUAAAAACCAGAUUCUUCCAAUUGCUCUGGACUUUAAUAUUCCUGAAAAUUGGCAAUUGUUCAGUGACACAGCAAACGCCACAUACAUUUAGGUUUCAGAAUCCCUCACAGUGCCUCAAAAAUGACAACUACUACAAUUUAAACUAUUUCGAUUGUAUGCCCUGCAAUGAGGCUGGUGAUGUGGAAAAACUGCAACCCACUGCGGAUAAAUUCUCCUGCCAAUGCCCAAGUAGCCAUAUCUCAAUCUAUGAGAAGGGCAAAUUAUGGCCCAAUUGUGAUGAGAUAUGUUCCACAUUAACUGAUCGGAAGGAAAACUGCACAUCCGUUUGGCUGCCACAACCCAGGCCAUCGAAUUCCUGCAGCUUUCGAUAUCUAAACUCCACUUCGGCCUAUCUCAGGCAAAUGCCUAUUCAUCCGAUGAUUGUAGGCAUUGUGCUGACGACCAGCGUUAAUCCAGAUAGCAAUAUUAGUGACUGCCACAGCUGUGAUCUCAUAUACAACUAUCAAUAUCAAGGAUAUUGCUUGGCUAAUGUCCUGCUGCGUCCAUAUUUGCAUUAUAAUUCCUUUUGGCAGUCUACGACCAACUCAAAGCCGAGUUUAAAUAACAACAUUGCUCAUAAUUUUGGCGAGUUAAAAUUCGUGGCUUUCUUUUGCCUGGCCCUGAGGAAUACCACUGCUUGCCAGCAGCUGGCUAAUCUCUGUGUACUGUCACACUUUUCACCGGAUAAGCAUUCACCAUGUAGCCCAUUUAUUCUUACCCAAAUGUCGGAUGUUGUCAUGAAAUAUGCCCAUUCGGGAGAGCAAUUACGUUCCCUGCAACCUUUUCUGUUCUACAAGAAGGGCAAAGCCACCAGAGAUUUGUUAUCCAAGACUCUGCAACGUAGCAAUGUGCAUGAGCUGCAACUAUUCAGCACCACCUACAACUUGGCGGGCAGUCUAAAACGUUGGGGAACCUUUAGUCUGGAGCAUGUUAAUCUGUGCCAACAACCAGCACCAAAUCUACACUUUGGCCAAAAGCAAACGGAUGUGUCCUGCCAUUUGACAUUGGAGGAACUUAUCGAUCUGGCAGGUCAACAAGGCAAUGAUAACUUUCUUUCGGUCUAUCUAAACUUUACUAGUAAUUGGCAAUUUCUACUACAUCAGUUGCCCGUACUCAUAGAGAAUCUUACGCCCGAAAAUCAGCGAGAACAACGCGAUGAAUGGCAGUUGGUCAAACGUUUCCAAAUGAUUUCAACUGUUUCCACUAAUAGUCAUCAGCAGCAAUCUGUUUUGAAUCGCUAUGAGGAUGCCCACAAGUUGCAAUUGUAUCGAUCCAUACGAUACAUUGAGCACUUGGAACUGCACUACACUGUGGAGGAGGAUCAGAGAGUGGGAUUGCCUCUGAUUAGAGUACGCUAUCGCCUCAUCGAGUUGGCUGGGGGAAAUGUGUCGCUGUCGCAAAGCUUUCCCUUCCAGCUAAAACUGAGCUACGAACGCUUGCAACGCAGCUGGGAUUGGUUAAUAUUGGAAAUAGCCUUGCCCCUGCUCCUGCUGGUGGCUUUCGCUGCUGCUGUUUUCCGUUUCCAAAAUAUACGACGACGCCGGCAAUCGGAAUGCUGUCAGAUUAGUAAUAUUUUGGAGUUUCUCCUCGAAUUGGCCACCAAUGUGGCGUGGGCUCUAUUGGCCACAGUGCUCUUGAUGCUACUGCUACAAGCUACGAGUCUACGCACCCUCAAGUUGCUCAUCUACAUUGCCUUCUGGUUGCAAUUUCUGUAUCUAAGUGUACACCUUUGGCGCUGCAGUCAACUGGAACUUUUCCUCAUCGACUGGGAACGCCCACGAAGCAGUUGCGAGGGUCAGCGUCUAAACCUGGACAGUUCUUCGCUCUGCUCCAGUGUGCGCACCUUUGUGGCCGAGAGCAGUGUCUCCGCUUGGCGUGUUCUCUUCACGGCCAAUGCCUGGAUACGUCUUAGUGUGGCCCAAAAGUAUUCCAGUUUGGUCCAAAUUGUAGUAGUCAUUGCUGCCUAUCAGCUAUGGGAUCGCUACACUCACAAGGAACUGGCCUUGCGUUGCUGCCUAAUCUCCGUCAGCUACCUAAUUGCUUAUCUCUUGCAAUUGUUAACUCAACGCAUGUUUGUGGGAAAUCCUCUACAGAAAUUCAUUGAUCUAUGCAGUUUGGCGAAUAUUUCGCUUUUUACACUAAAAGAACCAGGCUUUGGCUAUUAUAUACAUGGCCGAUCGCCUCAUGGUUUCGCCGAUACGGAUAUGUCUUCCAUGAUUCUUCAACUUCAGAGGGAAGCUCAGAAUAUGUGUGGUCGACGUGGCCUACUCAUGGACUCUGACAAGCAGGCAUAUGUAAUCUUGCCGCCAAGAAAUCUACGCAUCUACUUGGAUCGCCUGCUGUUGCCUUUCCAACGCAGUGCCCAUGGCAGUAUGUCCCAGACUUUACUCUAUCAGAAGGAUAUACCCAGCAUAGAUGGUCAAGUCGAACGCACUUCCAUAGCAUAUGCCAGUGUAAAUCGUUUCUUUUGCGCCUUUAUCGAUCAUGCCAUCAAGGACAUGGACUAUAUUAUCAAAGAAAAGUCAGUGGCGGAGAAACUCUUUAAUUGUGAAAUAGAAAAUUAUCUGACCGAAAAUAAGGGCACUUUCUAUAUAGAUGACUCGUAUAGUUUUUCUCGCCUACUUUUACUGGGCAAUCAUAUGGAUAUAUUUGUACUGGAAAUUCUCUUAUUAUUGUCUCUAUUUCUGUUGUCUGGCAAUCUACUGAUAUCUGCUGCUGCCGCCUGUGGUUUUAAUAUGCUAAUUCGUCACAUCUUUCGUUUUUGGGUGCGUCGCAAUGUUUCCCGCAAAACUCUUAUCGAUGAGCGUUUCCUGUUGUAGCAACGCAUGGAGGAGCAAUAUAUGCGGGAUGAUGGUUUCUUUGAUAUUUAGUUUUUAUCGGUCGUUUUAUUUUAUAUGAUUCACUCGAUAGUAAGUAGUAGUACAUACAUUUAUAUUAGUAUUCUU